AUGUCCAAAGCAGACGGUGACCUGGACCGAGACCGGGCAUAUGAUCUAAGAGUCCGACGACAAGUGACAAUGUCCAAAGCAGACGGUGACCUGGACCGAGAACGAGCAUAUGAUCUAAGAGUCCGACGACAAGUGUCAACAUCCAAAGCAGAUGGUGACCUGGACCGAGACCGAGCAUAUGAUCUAAGAGUCCGACGACAAGUGACAAUGUCCAAAGCAGAUGCUGAUCCGGACCGAGACCGAGCAUAUUAUCUAAGAGUCCGACGACAAGUGACAAUGUCCAAAGCAGACGGUGACCUGGACCAAGACCAAGCAUAUUAUCUAAGAGUCCGACGACAAGUGACAACAUCCAGAGCAGAUGGUGACCUGGACCGAGAACGAGCAUAUGAUCUAAGAGUCCGACGACAAGUGACAACGUCCAAAGCAGACGGUGACCUGGACCGCGACCGAGCAUAUGAUCUAAGAGUCCGACGACAAGUGACAAUGUCCAAAGCAGACGGUGACCUGGACCAAGACCGAGCAUAUGAUCUAAGAGUCCGACGACAAGUGACAAUGUCCAAAGCAGACGGUGGCCUGGACCGCGACCGAGCAUAUUAUCUAAGAGUCCGACGACAAGUGACAACGUCCAAAGUAGACGGUAACCUGGACCGAGAACGAGCAUAUGAUCUAAGAGUCCGACGACAAGUGACAACGUCCAAAGUAGACGACGGUGACCUGGACCGAGAACGAGCAUAUGAUCUACGAGUCCGACGACAAGUGACAACCUCCAAAGCAGAUGGUGACCUGGAACGAGAACGAGCAUAUGAUCUAAGAGUCCGACGACAGGUGACAACGUCAAAAGCAGAUGGAGACCUGGACCGAGAACGAGCAUAUGAUCUAAGAGUCCGACGACAAGUGACAACGUCCAAAGCAGAUGGCGACCUGGACCGCGACCGAGUAUAUGGUCUAAGAGUCCGACGACAAGUCAAAAUGUCCAAAGCAGACGGUGACCUGGACCGAGACCGAGCAUAUGAUCUAAGAGUCCGACGACAAGUGACAACGUCCAAAGUAGACGAUGGUGACCUGGACCGAGAACGAGCAUAUGAUCUAAGAGUCCGACGACAAGUGACAACGUCGAAAGCAGAUGGUGACCUGGACCGAGAACGAGCAUAUGAUCUAAGAGUCCGACGACGAGUGACAACGUCCAAAGCAGAUGGUGACCUGGACCGCGACCGAGCAUAUGAUCUAAGAGUCCGACGACAAGUGACAAUGUCCAAAGCAGACGGUGACCUGGACCGAGACCGUGCAUAUGAUCUAAGAGUCCGACGACAAGUGACAACGUCCAAAGUAGACGGCAACCUGGACCGAGACCGAGCAUAUGAUCUAAGAGUCCGACGACAAGUGACAACGUCCAAAGCAGAUGGUGACCUGGACCGAGAACGAGCAUAUGAUCUAAGAGUCCGACGACAAGUGACAACAUCCAAAGCAGAUGGUGACCUGGACCAAGAACGAGCAUAUGAUCUAAGAGUCCGACGACAAGUGACAAAGUCCAAAGCAGAUGGUGACCUGGACCGAGACCGAGCAUAUGAUCUAAGAGUCCGGCGACAAGUGACAACGUCCAAAGUAGACGGUAACCUGGACCGAGACCGAGCAUAUGAUCUAAGAGUCCGACGACAAGUGACAACGUCGUAA